AAAACAUCUAUCCGGUCGCAGACAGUUGCUUUUGGACCGUCAUCGUCGCAGGAUUUCCAUCGUCUUUUUGGAGGAAAACAGUUUUUUCGAGCUGUAAACGAAAUUUUGUCCAACAUUUCAGCAGCAGAUAAUCUCACCCUUCUGCUGGACGGUUCAGUGAUGGCGGAAGUGGAACACAACGAAGCGAUUGGCGCGGCAGAGCCGCAGUUAUCCGAGGACGAGGAAGCGGAAGAUCAACAGCCGGAAACGGCUUCGUCGUCGGAAGUUUUACCGGUGGAGGAGGGAAAAACCACUAAACACCCGCACAGUGAUGACGAGGAGGCUGACGGCGAACCAUCGGCAAAUGUUCCAUCGAAAGACCCGCAACACACGACCGUGGUCGCAUCGCAUUACAACCAGCUGAAGGAACGUGGCCUGUACGAGCGGUCCAAGUCGCGGAUAUUCUACAUGCGCAACUUCAACAACUGGAUCAAGAGCAUCCUGAUCAACCGAUAUCUGAACAAGAUCCGGGAAAAGGCCGCGCUCGGGACGCCGUUGCGCGUGAUGGACAUGUGCUGCGAAGGAGGUGACUUGCUCAAGUGGUCCAAGGGUAACAUCACGCACCUCAUCUGCACGGACAUUGCCGCGGUCAGCGUGGAACAGUGCGAAACGCGCUACAAGAACAUCAUCCAAAAUGACCGCGGAAGCGGUGGCGGCGGCCGAAACUCGGGCCAAAGCGCCAGUACCGGAAAGGUCUUCACGGCGGAGUUCUUCGCCGCCGAUGCGACCCUGCAGCGGCUGCGGGAAAAGUACCACGACGCCUCCGUCGAGCUGAACCUCGUGAGCUGCCAGUUCGCCUUUCACUACUGCUUCGAAUCGCUCCGACAGGCCGAGUUUAUGCUCAAGAACGCGGCCGAAUGUCUGCGCGAGGGUGGCUACUUCAUCGGAACCAUUCCGGACGCGAACGAGAUCAUGAAGCGGCAACGGGCCGCCGGAAGUGACACCUUCGGCAACGACGUCUACAAGAUUACGUUUCUCUGUGACACCGAGCAACCGCCGCUCUUCGGUGCCAAGUACAACUUCCAGCUGGACGGCGUCGUCGACUGUCCGGAGUUUCUCGUUCACUUCCCAACCCUAAUCAAACUGGCACUCAAAUACGGUCUGCGUCUGGUGGAGAAACAGCGAUUCGACGAGUUCUACUCGGAAUCGGUCCAAUCGGGCCGCGGCCUCAUCGAAAAGAUGCAAGCACUCGAAACGUUCCCCGGUCAGUCGCGGGAUGAGCGCGAGCGGCAACAGAAUCUGAGCGAGUACAGCCACGCCCAGGGCCAUCUGGAUAAGAAAGGAGCGGGUGGCGGCGGUCGGUUCCAAAAAGUUGGCACGCUUUCCAAGUCCGAGUGGGAGGCUAGUACACUGUACAUGUUCUUCGCCUUCCAGAAGAUGAAAACCAGCUGGGACAAGAAUGGGAAACCCAUCUAUUCCUAAAAAGACAAAAUGGACCCAUUGCAGCACGAGUGCAUUGAUUUGUUUUAGUUUCUUUCAAUUUUAUAGAUCUAUCUAAUUAUACUUUGAACCUACCACGCUAAGUUCAACACAAUCAUCAAUUGUGAAAUUAACCAUUAAUAGCCUCUUUUUGUGUGUUUGUUUCGAUUAUAUCGUGAAAAAUAAAUAAAACUUACGAGCAUUGGGAGUGAUUUGUAUGCUCGAGGU